UCAAGACGGCAGUUCGUAGCAGUUUCUUUAUUGUUCGUGAGAACGUUUGUGUUGUGAUCCGUCAGAGCCUCUGUGUGUCCGGAUAAACCUGUCUGAAUGGACUUUGUGCUGUUCACCUUUUCUUUCUGGAUGUUUUACCUCUGAUUCACCUCCCGGUAGACGACAAACACAUUCAAGUUAGCUUAGCAUGCUAUCUGGUUAGCACCGCGGCAUUAGUCAGAGUGAGUGUUUGAUGGAGAGCAAACUGUGUUUCUGACGGAGUUUGUGUGGAGAAAAAGUUGGUGUCACUGUGUGAAAAAUGUCUAAAGUCCAAACGGUGAGAGCGCUGGUGGAGCAGCGACUGACUGCGGCUGCUGAAGAGAUAUUUGGGCUGUUUGAAAGAACAAUAGCAGAGUACGAGGAGCAACUUUGUCGUUCAAAAGAGAAGAACGAGCGACAACAGAAACUACUGGACGCUGUUUUCAACCCUCAGCUUCACUUACACAGAGCAGACGUCCAGCAGCUGUUGGUGGUGAAGGAAGAGUUUCCCUCUGAGCAGCAGGAGAGGAGCUGCAGUCUGGACCAGGACCAGGACCAGGAGGAGCCAGAGCCCCCACACAUUAAAGAGGAACAGGAGGAACCUUGGACCAGUCAGCAGGGAGAGCAGCUUCAGGUGCUGGAGGAGGCUGAUAUCACCAAGUUCACAUUCACUCCUGUCCCUGUGAAGAAUGAAGAAGAUGAAGAGAAACCUCAGUCCUCACAGCUUCAUCAAACAGACUCUUCUGAACCUGAGACUGAUGACAGUGGUGAUUGGAAGGAGACCAGAGAUCCUCAGUCAGGUUUGAACUGUUUGAAAAAAGAUGGUGGUCCUGUCACAGAUUCCUCAUUUCAUGCUGGUGAGAAACGAUUUAGCUGCUCUGAGUGUGGGAAAAGAUUUGGCUACAAGAGCAGGAUGAAGACACACAUGAUAAUCCACACAGGAGAGAAACCUUUCAGCUGCUCAGUUUGUAAGAAAACUUUUACAGUGAGUGGAACUUUAAAGUCACACAUGAGGCUCCACACAGGAGAGAGACCUUUCAGCUGCUCAGUUUGUAAGAAAACGUUGAGACGAAUUGAUACUUUAAAGUCACACAUGAGUCUCCACACAGGAGAGAAACCUUUCAGCUGCUCAAUUUGUAAGAAAACUUUUACAGUGAAUGGAACUUUAAAGGCACACAUGAUACUUCACACAGGAGAGAAACCUUUCAGCUGCUCAGUUUGUAAGAAAACUUUUCCAGUGAGUGGAGCUUUAAAGUCACACAUGAGAACCCACACAGGAGAGAAACCUUUCAGCUGCUCAGUUUGUAAGAAAACUUUUCCAGUGAGUGGAGCUUUAAAGGCACACAUGAGAAUCCACACAGGAGAGAAACCUUUCAGCUGCUCAUUUUGUAAGAAAACGUUUACAGUUAGAGAUACUUUAAAGUCACACAUGAGACUCCACACAGGAGAGAGACCUUUCAGCUGCUCAGUUUGUAAGAAAACGUUUACAUUGAGUGGACAUUUAAAUGUACAUAUGAGACUCCACACAGGAGAGAGACCUUUCAGCUGCUCAGUUUGUAAGAAAACUUUUACAGUGAGUGGAGCUUUAAAGUCACACAUGAGAACCCACACAGGAGAGAAACUUUUCAGCUGCUCAGUUUGUCAUAAAUCUUUUACACAAAGUGGGAAUGUAAAGAAACACAUGAGACUCCACACAUGAGAGAAACCUUUCAUAAAUGUGCUGGCCGCUCGUCCUCAAAGUUUCAUCAAACUGAGGAGAACAAAGAGGCAGAGCCUCCAGCCAGCAGCCCACAAGAAGAGAUGCAAACCUCUUUUUAAAGGACUCGCUAAACUUUUUUUAAAUGCUUUAAAGCUUGUAGUAACUUUUAUAAAUUUUCAUUCUGUGUGUAUGAAAUUUACCUACAAUAUAAUUAAACAACACUUUCUUUUCCAUGAUGUGAUAUAUUAAUUUCCUUUCUGUUCAUUUUUGUUUUGUUUUACAAAACGAAAGUUCACAAUCUGACAUUUUAAUUAAAUAUUAGAUUGUAGAAGUGUAACAGUGACAACUUUAUUUUUUUCUAACAGCAAA